AACUUCCGGUUGGUAACGAUAGACGCAAAAAGUUUGCGAAACACGAAUGAGGUUAUAUUGUAAUGCCUUUAACAUGUGAGAUUUUAUUAACAGUAUAGGUCACAAAUAAACCAGACCUGACGACUUGACAUGCUCAAAGGUAAUUAGUAAGGAAACUGUUGGAAACAUGGCAGAAGAUGAGUUAGAUUUGGCCCUGGAGCUGAGUCGAGAUCUAAAUCUCGCAGCACAAAAUGAUGCACAGAAAGACAAGGCCGUCUGGGAACACGAAGACUUAGCCCAGGUACGUAUGCGAGUUUUAAGGGAGCAUUCGAAAGGAGUAAACAGCUGCCAGUUUUUCAACGAUGGUACCAAAUUUGUGACGGCGUCAGAUGACAAGAGCGUCAAGCUCUGGAGCUUCCAGUCAGGGGGAGUGCUACAGAGCCUGGACAACAUCCAUGACAUGGCAGUCAAUGAAGCUAGGAUCUCAUCAGAUGGGAAAUGUUUUGUCAGUUGUGGGUGGGACAAAAAGGUCAAGUUCUGGGACACUGAGAAAGUUGCAGAAAAGUGGUCCGGGAAGCAUGGCGGGGUCGUCACCUGCUGUAAACUGUCACAUGACGAGAAGAUGGUGUGCUCCGGCUCUGACAUGGACAACAUCCUGAAAAUCUGGGACACCAGAUCAGGGGAGAUCAUUCACAACCUCAAAGACCACCAUUCGAGCACCAUCACCAGCUGCAUCUUCGCCCCCAAGGAUGAUAAGGUCAUCACUACAUCCAUGGAUAGGGUGACCAAGUUCUUCGAUCUCAGGACCUGUACGACCACCAUUCAGCUGGAAGGCCACUUCAACAUUGUGUCAUGCUGUGCGAUCUCGAAGGAUGAGCGGAAGUUUGCCACAACCUCAUGGGACAAGACUGUGCAGCAGUGGGACAUUGCCACGGGGAUGUACAGGUCCAAGGGCUCGGUGUGUCUGAAGGGUCAGCAUGAGGGGUCAGUCAGCUGCUGUAAUUUCAGCAAAGAUGGCCUGAUGUUGGUGACGGGCUCGUAUGACCAUAGUGUGGUGGUGUGGGACACAGACAACCAUGUCCAGAAGAUCAAGUUACAGGGACACACAGACUGGAUAAAUGACGUCUGCUUCAGCGAGGACCAGAAGUGGCUUAUCUCUUGUUCAAAGGACGAGACCGUCCGACUGUGGAAUGUUGAGGAUACCGACAAGAUCCCUGUUGUCCUUGAGAACAGGAAGUCCAUAGGUCUCAAGGUCAUCAAGUGUUCAACAUGCAGCAAGCCUUUCUCAAUAGCUCAGCUGGACAACUUCCGCGAUUUGACUCUGUGCGUUUUCUGUCGACUCCAAGACCCGGGCAAGACAUGGCUGGAGAUUCAUGAACCAGUGGCUUAGCUUAGCAUCAUUUUAAAUGACCCUUAUCUGUGAUAGACAUGGUUUUAUCAUGUCAGUAUCAUUGAAUCUUUGUCUCUUUUUGACAAAUGUAUGAUUCAAGGAUUUCACUGUCAGCAUUCCACAAGCCAGGCCAUCAAGCCAUUCACUGCAUCAUGUCGUGUGUAUUAAAUAUCAUUGAUGGUUUUCCUGACACUGAUCCUGACACUGAUCCCUCCAAGAUACCUUUCAAUAAUUGACAGUGAUGUCCUGCACUUUAAUUCAGUGUGUGAGAUGCAGUUACCUUCGAUAAAUGAUGAACAUGUAUCAGAGUUGAGAGACACUGCAAUAAAAUGUGAAGAUCUUCA